GUAAAUCGACAUACUUUUCGUAGUUAGCCCACGCCUCGCCACUGAUCAAUCCACACCAUACGCCAUCCGCAAAAGUCGUGACCGAAAAUCUACGUCACUGCGGUUCUGUUUAAGUAAACUUCGUCGAAUUCUGGAGUCUUUUCUGAUAACGGACGACCAUCCGGUUGCGUGUGGUUCGAAUGGCUGAUAACAUUGGAGAUAUUCCGCCUUCCGGCGGUGGAGGUUUUUUCAAACGCAUGUGUUUGGCUCGCGAUCGUCCAGCUGCUUUUGCAGUGGCAGUCAAUUCUGAACUUGCUGGUUGUGUUAAAUCUCCUGACUCACCUAUGGACACUUCCGAAUGCUCGCAGAAUGGUGCUCCGGCUUCCAGGAGCCCGAACGAUCUACCAAAUGGAGAAAACAACAAUUAUACGGGGAAAAAAUUGGUCGAGGAGGUAGUGGCGUUAUUGCUGAAGACAUGGGAAAAUCGAGCAAAUAAGAAUGGCAAAAUUGUGGAUUUCCUUUUGCCAGAAGAUAUGAAGAAGUCAUUCGAUUUGGCAGUAGCGGAUACGGGGAAUUCAGAGGAUAAAAUGGUGGAAAUCUGCAAACAGAUAGUGGAUCUCAGUCUGCAUGCUGGGCAUCCCGCUUUCUUCAAUCAGUUGUGGGGAGGAUUGGACGAGUACGGAUUAAUGAGCGCCUGGAUGGUCGAAGCACUGCACACAAGCGUGUACACUUACGAAGUUGCACCGUCGUUUACCUUGAUGGAGUUAUACAUGAUUCGCUAUGUUGGGAAAGAACUUAUCGGAUACACCGACGAAGAUGACAUCGACGGAUUAUUUAAUCCGGGCGGUUCGAUUUCCAACAUACUCGGCAUGCAUUUGGCUCGUUAUCGGUACCAACCGGACGUCAAAAAGAAGGGCAAUGCCACAUUCGAUAAACCCUUAAUCAUCCUUACAUCCGAAGAAUGCCACUAUAGUCUACAGAAAGGAGCAUCCGUUAUGGGUCUGGGUACCGAUAAUGUCUGGAAGGUGGCGGUCGAUGAAUUCGGCUGUAUGAUACCAGAAGAACUGGAGAGGCGAAUCAAAGAAGCUCAUGAGCAAGGUGUUGUGCCAUUUUUUGUGUCUGCCACCAGUGGAACGACCGUUUUCGGAGCUUUCGAUCCUCUGGAUGCGAUUGCGGAUAUAUGCCAAAAAUACAACAUUUGGAUGCAUGUUGACGCAGCAUGGGGCGGAGCCGCAAUGGUUUCACCGAAGCUGAGCUAUUUAGUGAAAGGGAUCAACCGAGCGGAUUCGGUUAUUUGGAACCCACAUAAAAUGCUAGGACUUCCUUUACAGACGGCUAUGUUCAUUACAAAACAUAAGAAAUUGUUACACGAGUGCAACUCCAAUAAAUCAUCCUAUUUAUUUCAAAGUGAUAAAUUCUACGAUAUGGACUACGAUAUCGGUGAUAAAACAUUCAUGUGUGGACGAAAGAAUGAUGCCUUGAAAUUGUGGCUGUCGUGGAAGGGAAGAGGCCGAUCACAUUUGGCCGCGGCUGUGGAGAACGCCUUUGACAUGGCUGAAUAUCUCGCGUCACUGAUCCGCGAAAAAGAGGGAUUCCAUUUGGUCAUCCCAAAGGUGCAGUGCACAAACGUUUGCUUUUACUAUAUCCCUCCGAGUGUGAGAAGCAAUGUGGACUGGAACUCUGACAAAUUUCGCGAAAGUAUUGGAAAGGUCGCUCCUCGAUUGAAGCAACGAAUGAUGGAGCAAGGGACGUUAUUCAUUGGAUACCAGCCGCAUGAGAAUCGCAAGCUACCCAAUUUUUUUCGGAUGGUGAUACACUGCAAUCCACCGGCUACCAAAGAUAGCAUGAAGUUUGUUGUAGAUGAAAUUGAUCGACUUGGUUCUGAUUUGUAGCGACUGUGAGCUUUGUUCUGAACAAUGCUUAUAAUAUUGGAUUUUUAAAUAUAAUAUUUGAUUGAAAGUUUGAAACAGCGUGAUAUCCGGCUCAUGCACGACCUAGUAGUUCCUGUCUUUAAUCGAAAUGACUGUUAAUGAUUUUAUAAUGUUAGGAAAUAAUAAACGGUUUAUUAACCAAAAA